CGGGCUGUCGGUGGCCGGCGCGCUCCCGUAGAGACAGAACUGAGCGCCAGCGGCCGGCCAGACGCAGCCGGAGCCGAGGUGGAUCGAGGUCUGCCGAAGGAGAGCCAGCGGUCGGCUUUGACAGGGAGACGGCGGCGGCGGGUCCCGGCUUCGGAGAGGCAUCGCUCACCACGUGAUGGAGAUCGCGCCGGAGAGAAUGGUGUCUGAGUGACAGACCGCGGCAGCUGAGUGCGUUCGAAAGUGUCAAAGACAACCUCAGCGGUCUCGUCGUCUUUUGAAAUGAGCGUAUCAUAUCCGAGGAGCUGAGUGGCUUCAACACGGCCGUCUGUGGCAGACAGGGCGACGGCAAUCGGGAUUUGAGUUAUCUGAAUUCAUUCUUCGCCCGCAACCACUCAUGGGAGAGUUCCAGAUGCACCCGGCAGGUGGCAGCAAGCGACACAUGUCGGUCGGGAGCAGCGCAAAGAUGCGAAACGAUGCCAAAGCCGUGGUGAAGAGCGCCAAAAUAUCAAGCACCAACAAAGUAAGCAAGGGCGAAACCAUCUACCAGACCGUCGGCAAAGCUGGCAGUCACGUGACUGAAGAUCUCGGGUCUCUGACGAGCGCAGAGGCCAACAAGGAGAACGCCGUCACGCCGCGGCGCAAGAAGAUGCCGUCGCCGUCCGUGUUCGGCUACGACAUCGACGACAUCAACAACUUCCUGUCGCAGGCGACGGCGCGCACACCAGCCAACAUACCGAUGGUGGUCACAAGUCGGACGGAGUUGUACGUGCUGGCGCCGGCGGCCACGCCCGAGGACCCGACCGUGCCCAUUCGGCUGGGCCUAGUGGUGAACGCGCUCUUCAAGCACCGCCAGUGGCUCUAUGUGCAGACGCCGCACAACCAGGAGGGCUACCUGGCCUACAGCGCCUGUACGCCGCUGGGCAUCAUCCCGCGCGGUGCGCCGACCGGCCCGUGGGAGGACGCCGACGAGGCGCCACCGCGGCACUUCCCUGGCCUGGAUCGCGCGCGCGGUCGCCAGAGGGCGCGCAGCCAGUCGACGGGCCGCGAGGCCGCGCGGCGCGUGCGGAGCCGGCCGCGACGCGACCAGUCGGCACCCGGCUGCGAGCGUCCGCUGGCGCCGCCGCCCGACGCGCUCGACCGCUCGCGACCGAGCGCCUUCCACCCACUGAGGCCGUGCUCGCCGCCGACGGCGCGCUCGCUGGGCGCGUUGCGGCGCGCGGAGGUGGCGCCGCCGCGCGGACAGAUGGUGGCGCCGCGCAGCAACAACAAGGCGGUGAUAUGGGACGGCUUCGUCAGCUGCGGCCGUAACACGCUGACGGUGAAGCGGGGCGAUAUUGUGAUACUGCUGAACACGUCCGUCGGCGACUGGUUCUGGGUGAAGGAUGCGGUGGGUCGCGAGGGGUACAUCCCAUCGGCGUGCGUGGGCUCCGGGCCCAACUAGCGGGGCCGGGCGUCACCGCCGCCGGAGGGCUGCGGCGGCGGCGCCUCCGGCUCCUCCCAGCGACGUGGUGAUGUGCAAGAGGUCUUUCAGGAGUGGCGGUUGGUAGGUCGCUGGCAGUGACGGAGCCGAUCGAGGACUUUCAGAACCCGGAGAUAAAUGGCUGUACGUCUGGCGGAUUUUUGCGCGGAGUUUGUUGUUCAAACCAAAAACACGUAUCUGUGAUUUGUGCUUGAGUAUCGCGUAAUGGCCGAGGCGUGCUGUUCACCAAGCUGCUUGGACUACGUCUGCCUCGGUCAAUAAGCGCGGCUGAUGACAUUUUGUCGCCAGCUGUUUCAUGAUCGAGCUAUGCUGCAUGCCCUCAGCCGUGACGUAGCAUGUAAUGUCAACAGAUGGUGGCACAGCCGUGCAUAAAGAACGAGAGCGUGUAAUGCGUUUCACGCCAACCAUUUCAGUUAAAUGCUUCGUAAGCUUAGCGUGACUGCCAAAUGUUAUCGGUGCCACAAGCAUAUAUAUGUUCGAACAACAUACAGAUGGCUGUGAGCCCUGUACGCCAUUGGAUCUGUAUACAAGCGAAGUGAAUGUUUUGGUUUUGUACCACCAAUGUGUGUUUCUUGGUAUCUCCUGCGAAGAACAUGCAAUAUAGGUAUGUGAA